AAACGCGGCUUGAGUACUCUGGGCACCCGUAGCUCGGGACUGUGGGAUGCCGGUCCCGAGUGUGGCGGCCACUCCAGGGCUGCCUUGGGCCUCGAGGCGGGCAGGGCCCCGUGAACCCCGCGCGCGCUGACUAUCCUGCGAGCCUGAGGGCGGAGCCGGAGCCGCUGCAGCCGCCAUGGCCGACUACUGGAAAUCACAACCAAAGAAAUUUUGUGAUUAUUGCAAGUGCUGGAUAGCAGACAAUAGGCCUAGUGUUGAAUUUCAUGAACGGGGAAAGAACCACAAGGAAAAUGUGGCCAAAAGAAUUAGUGAGAUUAAACAGAAAAGCCUGGAAAAGGCAAAAGAAGAAGAAAAAGCAUCAAAGGAGUUUGCAGCAAUGGAGGCAGCUGCCCUUAAAGCAUACCAAGAGGAUUUGAAAAGGCUUGGAAUCAGUUCAGAUGGUACAGAAUCUAGCACACCACAAGUAACCAGCACUGCCCCACCUAUCUCAGUAUCAAGUCAGAAGAAGGAAAAGAAAAAGAGGAAAAAAGAGCUUUCCAAUAUAGAUUCAGUAGGAGCUUCCAAAUGGGCAGAAGGUGUAUCUUCAGAGGGUUACCAUUACUAUUAUAAUACCAUCACAGGAGAAUCUCAGUGGGAGAAACCUGAAGGAUUCCAAGGAAAACUUAGUAAGAAAGCAGCAAUGCCUCUUUGGGUAGAAGGUUUAAGUGAAGAUGGUUACACCUAUUAUUAUAAUACAGAAACAGGUGAAUCCAAAUGGGAGAAGCCUGAGGAUUUUGUUCCACAAGUUGGAGAGCCCCUUUCUAGUAAUAGUACUGAAGCAGUUGAUGCCCCUGUCGAAUCAAAGUCAUCUGAUUCAGAUAGUGAUUCCAGUGAAAUACAAGAAACAGAAGAAGAAGAGGAAAAAUCAGAAACCUCUGCAGAAGUACAGAAGCCAAAAAUAAAGUUCAGGAAAAGAACUAACAGUGAUCAUGCUGAAGAAACUGAAACUGAAUCGAAGAAGGAGAAAAGUGAUGGCAAUCAGGAACAAGACUCAACAGGUCCAUUAGAAGAAAAACCCAGAUCUCCUAAAAAGCCAAACCCUUAUGGGGAAUGGAAAGAAAUUAAGGAAGAGGAUAAUCCCUAUGAGAAGAUAGAUUUGGAACUUCCAAGUACAGAGGAUGAAUACAUAGGAGCUCCAGUUGCUGAUAUGAGUGGGGACCCAAAAGUGACAUUUAAAGAAAAAACAGUCACUUCUCUUGGAGAUGUGGCAGAAGGAGUAGCCCCAGUCUUCAAAAAGAGAAGAUUUGAUAAUGGAAAAUCUAGAAAUUUAAGGCAAAGAGGAGGUGAUCAAUAAUUUUAAUUUAAUAACAAAAAGCAAUGUCUGACCUCUUUUGGACCUAUUUUGGACAAGAAGAGCCUCUAACUUUGUAAGCUAUUUUUUGUUUGUUUUUAGUAGUUUAGAUACUAAGAAUGUAGACUUCUUCUGCGUUGUACUAGAUGUGAAUUGUAAUAAAUCUAUUUUUUAUUUUUAUGUGAAUCCUAUUUUUGUUCUUAAAAUGGGAGUCUUCUAUGUUGCAUUGUUCAUGCAGUGUGUUCAUUAGAAUUUCUUAAUUAUGUCAUCAUAAUUCAAGAUGCUAUGUAUCUGCUAUUUAUAAUAUGUGAAAAGCAAAUCAGCUACUCCAUUCUCAUAUACAUGAGCAUACCUGUUAUUUUGUCUGAAAAUUCUUCUUUCACACUGAUAAUUGACUUUUAACUAAGAGAUAGUAACAGUUCUGUAGUAUAAAAGCUUCAGGUCCCGGGGAAAUUAUUUUGAAUAUGCUAUCAGCAGGCUGAUAUGGAAUACGUUUGCGUCUGACUCCCGGCACUUCAGAAGGCUUAUUUAGUGUGGAUUGAAGGUCAGAAGACUGUCCUUCGCAACCAUUCCUUUCUUGGUGUCUAAUGAUGUUCUGAUGAAAAUUCCGGAUAUCAAUCUCAUGUGAACCAGAAUAUGGUAAAAAUCGAUCUUGUGUGAACCAGAAAAAAAUUAUAGAAAGGGCACCUCUUAAAGGCUUUAACUUCUAUACAGGACAUCCCAAAGGUCUUAGCGCAGUUUUAAGUUUUAGUGGCUUAAUAUUAAUAGCUAUAGCUUAAUAGUUAUUAAAGUUCUAAACUACACUAAGAUUUUGGGGACAACCUCCAUUUUCAUACACUGAUUUUAAAUAAGACACUUUUAGAAGGUAACCAUUGGCUCUCAGGACACAUGCUCAGUAUUGGCUUAGGCAAAUGGGAAAUUUCUUUUUUUCUUGUUAAUUUUUGUAACUAGUGAAAUUUUCCUAUUUAAUGCUUUGUGGAGGACGUUCUCUUCACCCCCUAAAAAGGCCUUUAAAGUUAUAUUUUCAAUGAAUUCAACAGUAUUUAAUUUCCUGUAAUGAAUUUUUUUCUUUCAGAUUGACAGUAUAUAUGUGAAUUAAACAAAAGCUUGUUUUAAAAACUUGAAAGCACAAAAAAGUACUGAUUUUGUCUUCUUUUCAUGCAAAUUUUAUUCUAGGGUUUGGGAAGUUUCCCAUUUGGUUGACUUUUUGAUGGUUUGCAUUGUGGUAUUUUGCAAACAUCAAGAAGCACUUUAGAGCCUGCCUGGUCUUUGCCUCUUCACCCAGUUGGACCAAUAACAGACGCAGACUACAGUAGCAUUCUAUUUAUAUUGUUUGGUGACAUCUGGGUAGGUCUCUAAAAGAUCUUUAACAGUUAGGAUCCACAUGAUAGUUUUUGCAACUUCAAGAAAUCAUAUGCAGGCCACUUCCCUGUACUUAAGUCAUAAAAAAAAAUCCGAAAUUUUAAUUUAAGGUCUUCGGUUUUUGAAGCCUGUGACUUUUUAAAAUUGUAAGAUGCAUUUCGAAAGUAUAUAACCUAUGACUUUUAAAAUAAAUUCUUCUAAAAGUUAAUAUCGCAGAGCUCCUUGCCCUAAGGAAAACUUGACUUUAAGACACACUCAGGCAUAACUUUCUCAGAGUAUUAAGCAUUGUUUUAUUCAAUCAAGUCUUCCAAAUUACCUGUUGGUAUUAAAAGAGAAGUGCUACAAAGCUCCAAUUUGUAUUCAUCUUUUUUUUUUGAUAUUUUAAACAUACAUCAGCAGUAGAUAAUUCAUCCAUCAUACACCAAAGGGUUACCAAUUUAAAGAAAAUGAGGUCUCACUGCUUUUUUGUUUUCAAAGUUAUAUAUUUUAUUUGUCAGUCAUCUGCUCUUAGUGUUGCCUUUUGGGGGCAGCUAGGUGGCAGAGUAGAUGCAUUGCAGGAGUUGGAGUCAGAAAACUAACCUGAGCUUGAACCCUUCCUCAGACAUAACACUCCAGCUGUAUGCUGGACAAGCUGCUUAACUUAGGAUGGCUUCCAUUUCCUCAUCUCUAAAGUGAGGAGGAGCACCUACCUCACAGGGUUGUUGUGAGGCUUAAGUAAGAUAAUCUAUGUAAAGGGCUUUACAAAUCUUAAAAUACUGAUAUAUUUGUUAACUUUUCCCUUUAUAAUUUUAAAAAUUCCAUCAAAUCUAAAUCCGUGAUAACUACUAACUCCUUUACCUGUGAUUGAAAUAUCUUCAUGACAAAGAAAAUGUGGAUUAAUUUGUGUUGAAGCAUCUAUGUACUACUUUACUUUCUGUUAUUAAAGAAUACUCUAUUCUGUAACCUUUUUAGACUG